AUGAGGGACCCGCGCGCAUCGAAGCGGAGAAGAGUCUCCGAGGAGCCAUCCCAGGACCAAGAUGGAGAUAUUGAAAUGGACGGCGACGAGAUCGACAUUUACUCAAUUCCAUCCUCCCCAGCCGCUGGAGACUCCGAGGACGACCAAGAUUAUCGCGCUCCCCGGAAAUCAGCAAAUCGGCGUCGAUCAACUCGAGGUGGGAAUAAAACUGUGCCGGAAGGGCUGGACCAAGAAGAAGAGGCUCAUGAGAAUGGCGCAGAGACACCCGCGAGAGCUGGUACUCGGUCAAGUGGACGGCAGCGCAAAGCGCCCCAGAGAUUGGAAGGCGACGCCGUGACACCGUCUUCCACGCGAAGAGGUGCCGCUACGCCUCGGAGUACUCGUGAGUCAAGAAGCGCACAGAAACCGAAGCAGGAGUCUGUGGACGACGAGGAGAUGGAUCUGGACGAGCCGUCACCGAAGCCGACUGCCUCGGUUGCAAGGACCAGGUCUAGGAGGAGUACUACCAGACCCAGGGCAAAUGGUGCGAAGAAUGGAGGACAUGAUAAGGAGUUGUCUCCUUCGCUUGAAGGGUAUAAUGAUGGUCUGGAUGACCUUGUUGCCAUGCAAUUACAGCAAGAUCUCCAGGGCCAACAAGAGACGCACGAAGUUGCUGAAGUGGCUGAGCCGGUUCCUGAAUAUGUCGAGAACCUACAACAACUCUGUCAGGGUGGACUUCAAGAUGAAAUGCGUGUCCUUACGACUGCCGUUCUGGAGAAGUUGUCUGGAAAACAGCAAAUUCCGCUCAAGGGCGUUGAGAACGAAUAUACCAAGGUCAACCACUUGAUCGAGCAGACGGUAACCAUUGGUGAAGGUAACUCGAUGCUCCUUCUUGGAUCGCGCGGGUGCGGAAAGACGGCAAUGGUGGAAACUAUCAUUUCUUCUCUUGCAAAAGAUCAUGGGAACGACUUCCACGUCGUUCGUUUGAAUGGCUUCUUGCAUACCGAUGAUCGUCUGGCUCUACGAGAAAUGUGGCGCCAGCUUGGUCGUGAGACCCAUACCGAGGACGACACAGCCAAGGUCAGCUCCUAUGCCGAUACGAUGGCGACCCUUUUGGCUCUCCUCUCUCACCCGGAGGAAUUGUUCGGCGCUUCUGGGAAUGCAAAGGAUGUGACAGCCGCCAAAUCAAUUGUGAUUCUGCUGGAUGAGUUCGAUCUGUUUGUCACCCACCCACGCCAGACUUUGCUAUACAAUCUGUUUGAUAUUGCGCAAGCACGAAAGGCUCCGAUCGCAGUGAUCGGGUUGACUACCAAGGUCGACGUGACUGAGAUGUUAGAGAAGCGAGUCAAGAGUCGUUUCAGCCACCGCUACGUCUACGUUCCGCUACCUAGGACCUAUGAGAUUUUCUCGGAUAUUUGUAUGGCGAGUCUUGAUCUCAGUGACAGCGAAGUGCUGCAGCUUAUGGGUUCUCUCGGCGAUAAACACGCUAUAGUGGAAUCCAAUGAUUGGAAGACUUUACUCGAGGGAUGGAAGGUAUACUUGAAGCAACUAUGGGACGACGAGGACUUCCAAUUCCACCUCAAGAGAAUCUACCACCAAACCAAAACCGUCAAGGACUUCCUCACCAGCGCUCUUCUACCCAUCAGCGAGCUACACCUCAGCACGCUAGCCGCCGACAAACCUACAUUCCAAGUCCCAACCGCCAAAAGCUUCGCCUCACAAUCUCUCUCCUGCCCCGACCCAGCCCCACUCCCAUUCGCAACAUCUACAUCCUCAUCGAGCCCUUCCUCCCUGCCACUGGCACUCCUGCUGGCUGCCACUCGCCUGACGGCUCUCUUCGACCCCGGCAACGACGGCCAAGCACAAAGCUUAUCACCACUCGCACUCUCUUUCCCAGCCGCAUACGCAGAAUACGUGCGUCUACUCACAUCCGCCAAGACAUCUGCUUCCGUGUCCGGUGCGGCUGCCACGCCUGGCCGCGUCUGGGGGCGCGAUGUGGCACGCGAAUCGUGGGAAAAGUUGGUUACAUGGGGGCUGGUCACUCCGGUUGGUGGAGGUAGUGGCACUGCCGAUGGGCAGAUGUUCCGAGUGGAGAUAAGCUUUGAAGAGGUUGUUGAAAUGGCUGGAUCGAGCAGUUCGUUGGGUCAGUGGUGGCGAGAUGGUUGA